CUGUCAGUCAUUAGUGGUUGGUCGUUGUAGAGAGGCAUGCUCGCCCGCGGCGUGUCGGCGUGCGUGAGAAAGAUCAGCCCCGGGGCCUCCUCGCUGCUGCUGAGCGGCGGGAGGGCAACACAGAGCAGCGCCCCGCCCCUACCACACGCCCAUCGCACAUACAACUACUGGUCAGCAUUUUGAUGUCACAUCGAUGCUGCUGUCACAUCUUCAUUUCUAUGUGUGUGUGUGUGGUUGUGUGUUGGUGCAUCCAUUCUCAUUCAGGGCGAACCAGAAGUUGACCAGGUAUGACAACACGGAGACUAAGGCGUGGAAGGAGCAGUUCGCAAACCUCGGCAAAUACACUGAUGACGGUAAAGAGAAGGUGGGGUGGAUAGAUGCACACACACGGCACGAGUGUGUUGUGUUCGGCCUGUCCGUGUUGCUUUCAGAGUUGACGGCGUGGCGCAAUGCAUUUGAUCAGGUUUGUGUGCUGAAUGAAUGCACACCGGGACGGGAUCAUGCCUGUCCGUGUGUGAUUGGUUCGCUCAUUCAUUCAUCCAUCCCUCCGUCAGUUCGACCCCGAUCACGACGGCUACAUCAGCCAGGCGGACCUGCAGAAGUUCCCCACCUUCACUGUCGAAAAGGCGCAUCUCAUCAAAGGUGGGCCGGGCCACACAGACAGGCCGGGCCACACAGACAAAGGAACAAACAAAGAGGCAGCCAUGUGCUGCAUACAUGAUUGUGCAUGCGUCGUGCAGACUACGAUCGGGACCGAAACAAUCUGAUCGGUACUCACGGACGCCCCCGGCAGCCAUCGACACGAGCAGUCCCUCCAUUUGCCGGAUGUGUGUGCAGAUUUUGGCGAGUUUGUGGACGCCAUGUUUGCGGUAGACGUGCAGAGCCUCAAGCUCGACUUCAGCGGAUUCGACAGCGUCGACAUACAGCUGGAGUUCGACAAAUACGCCGUGCAGGUAGGUGCUCAUCGAUGAGCGGCGACGAAUGCAUUCAUUAUGGCGCGUGAGUGCAUGGAUUCUUCAAUCAGGAUUUGGACAGCGGUGGCCGCAAGCACAUAUCGCUGGAUGGCGUCAAGAGCCUGAUGAACGAGAAGGAGUUCACCGUGGUGACCGACAGCGAUGCCCACCAGCUCAUGGCCAAUAUGGACGUCUCCAAGGACGGUGUUAUCGACAUUGACGACUUCAAAAACGUAACUAGUUGACAGCAAGGCACAGAGGAAAGAGAGAUGAGCAUCGCACCCUCUCUACCCUCUGUGUGUGUGUUGUGUGUGCAGUGGAUCACGGCCAAGGCAUGACAGAGGGGGAUGAGCAGCAGAGCAGAGCACCCAGCUAGAUGAAGGGCCGUACAGGUCACAGUACACCAGCCACUCGCUUGCUGAGUAGGGAGGGAUGGGGAACGCGAGAGGAAGAGUGCGAUUCUCGUGUGUCGGAGCGCUCACCGUGUAUGUGUGUUUGUAUGUUGCUGACUCUAUAGCGAGGGAGGGCCAGAUGGAUAGAGAGAGAAGACGCGAUCCUUCGGCUGCGGUUGUGAUGUGGUGUGUCUUGUACGAGCCUGUCCUGUCUGGCUGUGUGGUGCCUGUCAUACGCCGUGUCGUUAGCUGUACAGUACGUACCUCACUGACUGCUCACGCACUUACUUUCAUGUGUGGAUGGAUGCCGUGUGCUCUGUAGCUGGCGACGGGGAUUCUCUCUGUGCUGCAUGUAAUGCCAUUCAAUUCACGAAAUUUGUG